AUGUCAUCUAUUCUGAAGCCGCGAAAUAAGAGCCGAAAUACACCAAAGGACACUAGUACACCAACAAGGAGAGUGAGUUUCGCACAAACGCAAGACAAGCUGGUGCAACAUGCUCCUGACCCACAAUAUAAUUCCUCUAAUUCAGAUCAAGAGCAGCAAGAACAUAUCGAAGAGACACAGAAAGCAGAUAAGUCUAAGCAAACAACUCCUAAUGAACGGACCAGAAGAAAUAUCUUGAAAAUACUGGACAAAGGGGACAUUAAUCAAAUGCUGGCACUCCUCCUGGGUUCCAGUAAGCUAGAUUAUGACUCGUACGAUUUAAAAGGACAGGACUGCUACAUUAUAACACCAGGGAAAGGAACUUGGGGGAAGUGUUUAAUUGACCCGGAAAAUUGCAGUAGCAUGUCUUACAUAAAGCUGCCAGAAGUAGAUACUGCUGAUGAUGAGGAUGGGGUGCUAGAACUGGUCCAAGAUACAUACAACAAAGUCUGGGAACAUAUUCUGGCAGACCAUGGCCAAGAACUUGAUAGCUGGGGAAUUGACAUCCAGUUAAAAUUGUGUACCAGGAAGUCGGAAAUAGAACAAUUACGCCAACAACGAAAUCGGAUGUUAUCAGGUCAUUGA